CAUCAACUAUAAAUACCCCUACCAUCCCCUCAUUUCUCAUCAGUAAUUACAUCCAAAUUCAAAACCCUAGAAACUUUUUCUUCUUCAAUUCUCUGUGUGAAAAUGUCUGGUCAUGGAAAGGGAGGCAAGGGAUUGGGCAAGGGAGGAGCCAAGAGGCACAGGAAGGUUCUAAGAGAUAACAUCCAGGGCAUCACUAAGCCAGCUAUUCGCAGGCUUGCUCGUAGGGGUGGUGUGAAGCGUAUCUCUGGUCUCAUCUAUGAGGAGACCCGUGGAGUUCUAAAGAUCUUUUUGGAGAAUGUGAUUCGUGAUUCUGUCACCUACACUGAGCACGCCAGGAGAAAGACUGUUACUGCUAUGGAUGUUGUUUAUGCCCUUAAGAGACAGGGAAGGACUCUCUAUGGAUUUGGUGGUUAGAGUUGUUGUUUUUAUGUUGGAAUACUGGUAGUAAAGGUAGGUUUUAGUUUACAAUUGCGUUUAUGGCUGUUUUCGUUCUGUGAAGUGUUGAUCUUAUGCUCUAGAUGUUGUAAUUUCUCAUUACAUUAUCAAUGAACAGAGUUCAGUUUUUAGUAA